GUGAGUGUGAGAGGUGAGUGUGAAGUGUGAGGGUGAGUGUGAGUGAAGUGUGAGGGUGAGUGUGAGUGAGUGUGAGGUGCAGAUCCCGGGGGUGAGGGGUCUGUCUCCCUGAGGGUUGGGGGUUGCAGGCCUGGUGUAUGUGGAGCUGAUUCCAGUGGUUGAGGGGCAAGGGAAGCACAUCCUGCUCUCUCUACCACUGAAAAACGUUGUUUUUAUUCAAGGUACAGAUCUGCUAAUAACAAACCAUCCCCAUUUGUCACCUAUUCUGUUCCUGCCCUCUCUCUCUCUCUCUCUCUCUCUCUGUGUGUGAGGUGAGGGUGCAAGUCUGGUAUUUGAUCUGGGGCAGAUCCUGGUGUUUGAGGGGGGUCUGAUCCCAGUAUUUGUGGAGUGGGAGAAAUUUGACAGGUAAGAGGGUAGAUCCCAGUAUCUGGGGGACGAAGGGGUGAGGGAGGGGUGCAGAUUGUUGUGUUGGAGGGUGAGAGGGGCAGACCUUGUUGUUUGACAGGUUAGGAGGCAGACCCUGGUGUCUGGGAGUUGCAGGGGCCUUGUGUUUGAGUUUGAGGAGUGUUGAAAGGACAGUUUGUUUGGGGGGGACAGCGGCUGCAGCUGAGGAUGGGCUGUAAGCCAGGCUGAUGGCCCAACACAUGGCUGUGGCAGACCUCUCAUCCCUGGAACAGCAGCUCUCCUGCUCCAUCUGCUUGGAAGUCUUUAGCCACCCCGUUAACCUUCCCUGCGGACACACGUUUUGCCAGCAUUGCAUCCAGAAAACCUGGGAUCACAAUGCCCUCAGCUCGGUCAACAUGUGCCCGCAGUGCCGGGCAGUCUUUGUCCCCACGCCCACCCUGCAGAAGAACAUUGUCCUCUGCGGGAUCGUGGACGAGUUCCACAGAAUGGGCCAGGUGGGUGCAAGGCCAACCCUGGCAGAUGACGUACCGUGCGAUUCUUGCCUCAGCUGGACCAAGGCUGCAAAGUCCUGCUUAACCUGCUUGUCCACAUUCUGUGAGGGCCACCUCAGGCCACACUUCGAGGGCGAGGCCUUUCGAGACCACCAGCUCAGCGACCCCGUCAAACAUUUGGACAAGAGGCGAUGCAAAGUGCACUCAAAGCUUCUUGAGUUCUUCUGCAAGACGGAUCAGAUGUGUAUCUGUGGUCUGUGCAUCUUACACACACAUCGGGAUCACAAGGUCAUUACCACAGAAGAGGAGACCAAGGACAAAAAGAAUCUUCUUCAGGAAGAAAGAAUAAGAAGGCAAAGUCAAAUCGAAGAUAUUAAUGCAGCGAUUCUCAAAUUAAAGGACAAUGCCUUGUCCAUCAAAGAAACUACAUGUCAGGUGAGAUCUGACAUCGAUAAGAACUUUGGCGAUCUUAUCAACUGCGUUAAAGAGUCGCAGAGCAUUGUAACAAACAUCAUUGAGAGUGAGGAAGCUGUUGCCUUGGCGCAAACCGACAGCAUCCAGAACUGGCUGCACCAGAGGUACUCUGGCCUCAAGAGGAAGACUGAUGAAAUAGAUCUGCUCUUGAAAUCUGACAGCAUCCAGCUCUUAAAGGAAUUUCAAACUCUGGAAGAAAUGGAGACAGACCUUGUGUUACCAACAUUGGAUACUGAUAUUGAUAAACAGCUUUCCAAUUUAAGGUGCAUAAUUGCUGAAUUGACAAAAGAUAUGAUGGAGAAACUGCUUGAAGCCUAUCGAGAGAAGCUACCUGCAAUUAAAGAAAAUGGAUCUUGGACGAAUAGCAGCUUUCCCAAAUUGCCUCAAUACUCACAACUCGUAGCUUCUCAGCAAAUGGUUGGUUUUCAGUCUAUGCCUGCUGCUGGUCCCAGCCAUGCCCCUCAGCCUCUCCUGCCUCAGGACUUUUGGCCAACUUCUUCAUUAACUGGUAUGGACAUGGGUGGCCGAUGUAUCAUUGCUCCAAACAGGACUCUUGGCCCACCAUCAAUGCCAGCACCAACUCAAGUUAGGCGUCAGCCAUCUAGUGCAGCUGGAACGGAACGGGAGCCCCUCACAGCUGCGAUGCUUUCAGGUCUCCCCUUCCAGGAACAGAAACAACGCUUAGGUGAACGGCUUUUCAAGUUAAUCCAUGUUUUGCAGCCUUACUUGGCGGGAAAGAUCACUGGCAUGCUGCUGGAGUUGGAUAACUUGGAACUGCUACACUGCUUAGAGUGCUCGGAUUCUCUCCACUCUAGGGUUGAUGAUGCUGUGUUGGCUCUACAGAGGUAUCAGGCUCAGAGAGACUUCCUUCUGAAAACCUCUAAACGGAAGAAAUAGGAAGCAACAAGCAAGCAGGACUUUUAUCAGCAUUUGUGGUAGCGCAGCUUGUGUCAAACAGCUGCUGUGUGAUUAGCUUACAGUGAGGCUCAGCUGACGAAUGAAUGGUUGUCUUGGUGGUUUAUUGAAUAUUGGGACUGAAUUUUGAAACCAGUCUGCUAAUAUUGGAGAUUGGGUGGCUUCAAGAACCGGAGUGCUCACAGGGAGGUACUAGUAAAGUCUGAAGCCAGAUAAUAUGGGCCAGUACUCCACCAAACUAAAGCUGCCCACAAAUGUGGCAUUGGUUAGUGUAGAAUUCUCAUUCUCAUUCUACUUGGUUACUGUGAAAAGCUGUCGGGAUGAAUGAAGCUGGAAUUGUUGACUGAUACACUGGAUAUUGUUUUCUGAGUCCAGUAGGAAGAAUUAUUUCUGAGGCUCAGAGUAGAGGCAUGUUAACUCUAUACGAGGAGCACUAAAACAGAUCAUAUGGGAACUGAAUGAAAAGCAAAACAAAAUCUCUUGCAUUUCCCCAGUUUGCCAUUCAUCUCUCGGUAGAAUGUGCCUUUUAAAUAAAUGUUGCUUUUUGAAAACUUU